GGCGGCGGGGACGGGCGCGCCGGUAACACCGCGCGGCUGCUUCUUGCCCUCCCCCGCGAGUGGCUGCCGGGAGCCAAGAUGGAGUCGGUGAGCAGAGCGGGGCAGGAGAUCAGCCUGGCGGCCCUGAAGCAGCACGACCCGUACAUCACCAGCAUCGCCGACGUGACCGGCCAGGUAGCGCUGUACAGCUUCAGCCCGAAGGCCAACGAGUGGGAGAAAACCGACAUUGAAGGGACCUUAUUUGUGUACAAAAGGUCAGCGUCUCCUUAUCAUGGUUUUACGAUAGUGAAUCGACUGAACAUGCACAACCUGGUCGAACCAGUAAAUAAAGAUUUGGAGUUUCAGCUCCAUGAACCUUUUCUUCUCUACAGAAAUGCUAGCUUGUCAAUUUACAGUAUCUGGUUUUACGACAAGAAUGACUGUCAUCGAAUAGCAAAACUCAUGGCUAAAGUGGUAGAACAAGAAGCUCAGAGAUCACAGCAUGUUUCCCAGGACAGAAAAAGUCCCAGCAGAACCAAUGGCUGCAAUGAAAACAGGCCCAUUGACAUCUUGGAAAUGCUUAGUAAAGCCAAGGAUGAAUAUGAACGAAGUCAGAUCAGUGACUUAAGUAUUAUAUCAAGUUCUGGAAUGCAACAAAAUGCAAAUCCUCCAAAGCCAGAGAGCACAGAGCCUUCAGAACAAAAAACUUCAUUACAAUUGCAAGAGCAGCCAUUUCAGUCAAGGCAGAAGCAUCUGACUUUGGAGGAACUGUUUGGAACCUCUGUACCAAAGGAACAGCCCACAGCUCCGUAUCCCAAUCCAGAGGGCACGGAGAAGUUGCAGACUGACACCUCUGCCAGAGAGCAGCACAGUGUGCUCUUGCCUUUUUCCUUUGACCAGUCAACAGUAAUGCAACAAUCUCUAGGGAAAUCUGAAAGUCCAAGCAUUAAAAGCAGUGCCAAUCCUUUCAAUCAGCAAGAAUGUUCAACACCUAUGCUAAUACCUCCAGCUUCAGUUUCCCAGCCUGAUAUAAAAAAUGUUUCAAGCUAUUCAGUUUGUUUAAGCCCUAUUCUUAAUUCAGCCUCAACAAUGGAAGCUGCCCCUGCUCAGAUGCUUCCUGGCCUAAAACAAAACAACAGUAUAAUGCAAGUUAUGCAGCAAGCUGCCAAGCAGAUAUCCCCACUAGUGAAUCAACUGCCAUCUGAAGUGAACCACGCUCCACAAAAUCUAAUGGCUGGCCAAAGCCAGCUUAUAGCACCCUUGACAUCAACAAAUACAGGAACUGUCUCAAAUACAUCCCAUACAAGUGUUGAUCUUCUCCAGAAACUCAGGUUGACCCCACAGCAUGACCAAAUGCAACAGCAGUCUCUCACUAAGACUUCCUUAACACCAAACAUCUCUGCCUCGGUUGGCCAACUUGCAACACCAGAAAGCUUCAAAGAAUCUCACAGUAAGCCAUCAGCCUUGAACAGCAAGAUAAUCUCUCCCCUUCAGACUGUACAACAAAACAAGGAAUCAGAAGUAUUUCCACAGCCAAAGACUUUGUGUAAAGCAAGUCAAGUUGCACCUCCGCAGUUUGUUACAGCCACAACCACAGUUACGCCUUCAAUCCUCUUGUCUCCUAGUGUUUUUCAGCAAUCGGCUGCAAAAGCUACUGAAGUGGAGAAUAAAGCCAGUUCUUCUUCACCUUUAACACUUGGAACAACAGAAAUUCAGACUAUACCUCCUACUGUUCUCAGUAGGUCUCAGCUUCAAGAAGCACUGAUACAUCUAAUAAAGAACGAUUCCCGUUUUCUCAGCACUAUUCAUGAAGUCUACUUGCAAGUCCUAACCAAGAACACAGACAACAUUAAGCUAUAAUUGGAGCUUAAUCUACUUAAAAUAUAACCAUUUUAGAAACAAUUAUGCCUCGUCUAUAAAACUAAUAUUUUUGUAAAAGAAUAUUUAGUUUUCAGUGUCUUGAAUUUGAACCUGUUAGGAAAGACUAUUCCUUAAAUACUUAGGAAAGUUGUGUUCUCAGAAGUGAUCUAAGUUUUCACUGUGAUCAUCACCAGCAAACUUUUUUUUUUUUUUUAAUUGGGGAGGGGACUUAAGUUGCAUUUGAGCUCUCAUUAGCAUUAAGAGAAUGUGCAGAUGUUUGCUCUGACUUUCUUUGCUCUGGCUUUCAUUCCUAACUGUGUUCACUGUUCAAGGAUUACAGAUGCAAUACUAAGUAAACCAGCAAAUACAUAUUACAGUAUGCUACACCACACCAGAACAAAAUUCACUUGUGGGAACCUAAUUCCAGUUUGAAGGACUGAGGAAAAGUAAAGCAAAAUGCCAUGUGAUUAAGCUGGCAGGUGUGGGGAAGGAACAGAUCUGGAACCCAGGCCUUUGGAGCUAAAUCUUUAACAAAAGGUUUAAAAAUGUGAUUUGCUCAAUACAUUGACAGUCUCUAGCUAAUGCACAUAAAUUCAUCUUUUAAAUAUUCCAUUAAUCUUACUUGCUUCUGUGUUGCUGACAUUAAACAGGUAUCCAAGUGAGUAAGGCCAUUUUCUCUAAAAAGGCAAAAUCUGAAAUAUGCAAAAUCCUCUGUGAUUGUAUCUUUUUUUUAAAAAAAAAAAAAAAAGGCAACAGAAUAGUUCUGUUGCAUGUUGAAGCUCUCUCGUUUUAAAUUUAUAGUUAGGAGACCACUACUGGAAAACCUUUCUGUUCAGCAGUGUUUGGUAUAAUUUAAAUGCUUAGUUUCCCUUUUAGCUUCAGGAUGGACCAUGUCAUAGGUGGCUUUCAUUCCUCAGUUGUGUUGGAACUGCAGUGUUGAAAACUAUGCAGAUGGGGAGCAAAUGCAUGCUUUUCUUCUGUUGCCCUCUCCCCAGAUUGUUAGUGCACAAUUCACAGUCAGAAGUUUAUCUAAUUAAGAUGUUAUCACUUCUUAUGUGAUCUAGUAAUUAAGUAAUGUAAGAAUUUAACUGGAUACUUUCCCAUUUGAAAUCAGAAAAUUUCCAGUUAUAGUUUCUUAUGCUGCUGUGUUGGUUUACCCAUGGCUUGUAUUUAUUUCUUAAAAGCAUGCAAAGGUAAUUAAUAAGACUUCAGGUCUGAACUUUCUCCAGCAAUAGAAGUUUUAAAGGAUGAUUUUCCAGUAGAAAAGUUUUGGUUUAUUGAGUAAAAGAUAAUCUGUAGUGAGUUAUGAUGCACUGCUUCUUUCUUUUCCCUCAAUCACUAUUGAAAUAUGAAGAAAAAAAUUGUUUGGCUCCUUACAACAUAUGUGUGUGUAUAUAUAUCCUAAGGAUUAGUUAAUGUUGACAUAGUCAAGGUGCAUGGUCAUUUCAUUGGAAACUAGUAAUUGAGCUUUAAUUGUGACACGUUCACAAAUCAGUAUGGUUUAGAUACAUAAAAAUGUAAAUAUCUGUUGUAUUGGAUCUAUUUUAGUUUUUUUCAUAGCUUUUUAGUGGAAAAUAUAUUUUGUUUAGUACUACCUGCCUUCUGAAAAGGUCUUCUCAGCCUUUGAGUUCAGUGAUUCCAGUUAAAAUAUAUAGUAUUUUGUUAGAAAAAUGUGCAAGAUUCAGGGAAAGAUGCUAAUGUCAUGCACAUUCAUCAAGAAAUAUAUUGGCUUUAAUGGUAGCUUUUGAAUUUAGCUUUUGAAUUCAGCAAUAUAAACUCAGCCUUGUUAAGGAAGAUGGGCACUUCCUACUUAGAUUCUGGAGUUAGAAUACUGUGUAUGCACAUUAAACAAUGAUACUCAAAUUGGAUCUAAGGUCUAAACUAAUUUGUUUUGUUGUAUUUUUAAGGAAAAGUUUCACUAGAAGAGACAAACCGAUGAGCAAUUCCUCUGAAUGAAAAUGGAUAGCCUAAACCAAAUAGAGAGUUGCUUUUUAUCUGGAUUUAGCAAAGGUGAAGUCCAUAACUUCUCAUUCUUAAGGACAGCUUCUGGUUUCUUCGAAGGAAGAUUUGCUAAAAGUUAGUAAGAACAGAAAUACUGGAAGCUGAUAGUGCAUGUCUGUACUGUUUACUAAAUACAGUCAUAUCCAAAGAUCUAUAGAAAUUAUAGGAAGGAGUUGUAUUUUGAGUUCUUCAGUCAUACACAGUUGACAGAAGUGAUGUUGUUUAGAGUAGCAGUGCUGUUAUGAGAGUUUGACUCUCCUUUGGAUAUCCUUAACUUGUUUCCAGCUGUCCAAGAACCCCCACAAGCAGCUGGCAGAUCCUUAUUUAGUAGCAAUACGUUAUUUACUCCCCACCCCAUCCCCAACUUUCAGAAUUAAUUGGAAGGGAAACGGAGUUGAAAUCAUAGUUAUUAGGCAGGCAUUUUUACAACAAGCAAACCUGUUCAUCUUGAAUGCCUGCACAUGUUUGUUCUAACCUCUCUACGUGUAGCCAACAGACACUGGAACCAGCCUAGGUGUCAUCCAGUACACUGCAGAGAUUUAAGGCAAGUGCCAGGGUAGCGGAUUUAACAGGUAGACCUCUUUAAUGAAAAGUUGCAUUGUAAAACACCAAGUUCAACGACAGUUGAAACUUUUUAAAAAUGUGGACUGUGUUAUUUAAGAACUUUUUUCCUGGUUAUUUUAACUUUUUUAUAUAAAUCUAAAAUUGCUACCUUGUUGAAGUGCUUGAUUCAUAUUAUCCACAUGUAGGGAUGACUAGUGUGUAGCAAAUUACCAUGGGUCAUCACAGGAAAUUAUUGUGACUAUUUUCAAGUGCUGGGUUUUGGUGGGUUUUUGGGUUUUUUUUAACUACUGGCUUAAUGGGAUUUUACCUAUUAGUUCUGAGAAUUAAAAUUUGAUUAGUUUAGACUAUACUCCCCAAACAAAUUGUACUAUCUAAGGAUGCAUAUUGUGGCUAGCAUUAAGUCACUUAAAAAAAAAAACCCAACCAAACCAACAACAACAAACACAACCAAACAAAAACAAAAAAAACCAAACCCUCAAACCUAAUCAAAAACAGUUUUAAAACCUACAGCUGCUGAAUUAUUCAGGAAAAUCAAAAUUGUUCAGUUUUGUAGUUAGACUCUUUCUGCUGUUAUUUAAUAAUGCAGAGUUUAUAUGAAAGGUGCCUAACAGCUACUAACUUAGAAGCAGUAUAUCUUUCCAAAUUAAACAAGAUUUGCAGAAUGACUGAAUGAAGUUUAAAAAAAAAUUAAGUGAUUUAUCUUGAUUUCAUAUGAAAUGUUUAAUUCCAUGUAUAAAUACUCAAUAUAAUAUUUAAACACUUGCUACUGGAGAUAUCUCAUUUUUGCUUGCAUUUCUAAUUGCUUCAUUUUGGUAUAUUUGUGAAACCCAUUAUGCCAUAUGUAGUCACUGAUAUAAUUUCUGAAAUAUUUUUGAAAACAAACUUUAAUUUGAGACUUCUUGUUUUUAAAAGUAUUCUAAACAAAUCAGCCUUUUUGUCAGGUAUUUGGGUUGCUUUGUACAGCAUAUCUUAACAGGAGGAAUGUGUGCAAUAUAUUACCACCUCAGUUUUGUCUGGCAACUUUUUGAAAAUGUUAAGAUGCAAUAUCUUCCUUUCACUUCAAGUUAGAAAAAUUGCAGUAUCUCUGAUUUGGUGGUGUAUUUAUUUUUAUCUGUUCAGUGUAUGGGCAUAUGGUUAUUUAGGGCUUUUUAUGUACAUUAUGUGCUUUUAGUAAUUUCUGAGUUUCAUUACUUUUGUGGAUGCAUCAGUUGUACCCAUUUGCAUGUUCUUCAAUAUGAAAGCUUUGGGGAAGGGGAGCUUCAGGAAAGACUUCUGGAAACCGGAAUGAGAAUAAUUGUAAGUCAAUAAAUGUAGAUACUGCAUCAUUAACGUUUUUGGUAUGGUAUGGAUUUUAUAGUACCUAUGUAUGUUUGCAGUUAUUAAGUUAUUGCAUAAAUGUUUAAGAAUGAGCAUUUUUUCAUCCAAAAUUUUGUAUGUUUGCAAAUAUAUUUUUGUAAUAAAACUUCAAAACAAA